UCUGCAAUUGUUUAACAUUCACAAUUAUUCUGGACAUUCCAUCCAUAAGGGCCCUUCUAUUUGCAUUAUUCCAUUCAACCAAUUCAGUCACAAUAGAUUCCGCAAAUAUCUUCUUUGAAUUACUACCCAUAGCCGAGACAGGUUCAUUUUUCUGAUACCACUUGUAAUGUACUCAACAUAAACACAAUAAAUUAAUAAAUUGCAGAAGGAAUUUUAUUGAUAGAUGAGUCAACGGUUACAAUCAAUCAGCUAAGAAUUUAGCUACACUACAACUCCAUAGAUGACUUCAAGCUUUUGAAUACAUGUAAUAAAGUUUAGAAUGGGUGAAGAAUAAGAAGAAGGAAGGAGAGGAAGACAAAUCUAAAGAGAAUUUUCGGGUGAAGGAUACUGGUAAAUCAAUAACUAUUUACAAGGAUUAACAUGAAGCUGGAUCUUGACAGCUGGCUCCUAACUGGAAGAAUAUGAUGCAUUGAUAUGAAUAGCUAACUACUAAUUUUGGCCCUUGAUAGGUCUGCUUAUUAAAUACGUGCCUCCCACGUGACCCAUUUACUUUGGAUCAUUAUAGAAAAUUUUCAAUAUGAACAAGUAAUAAAUUCCUAAAAUUAGAGUAAGAAAGACCAAAACAAAAAUUUCAAAAGUUCAGUGAUGUCUAUAGCAAUCCCAUUGCAGUCACAACAAUAAGCAACAGAGAAUACAUGGGGUAAUGAUCUUUACAAUAUCAAAUAAGAAACAGUCAAGACAAACAUCGGAUCAAUAUCGCCAGUUCACGGAUUUGGGCGAUUUUGGCACUUUACCUGCUUGGAUUUCCACAAUAAUUAGGAAGAUGAUUAAGCUACUACAAAAUCUUCCUCGAGCAGUGGUAUUAGUUCCUUGUUAGUUCAAUCUAAUGGGGAAGACAAGUAGUGGCAUGGGUUAUCUUCCAAAUCCAGACAGUAACACAAAUAUAUUUGGUAUUACCUUUCUUUCGCAGGUCUACUCAGUCAAUCAUCCUUUGAAUUGAAGAAGUCUUUGUUGGAGUUGAUUUUAUGGUGUUAGUGAGAAUUUUUGACAUCUAUUUGUUAAAUCACCCAAAGAUCUUCACAUACAAACCCAUGAUAAUUCGGAAGAGAAGGAUUUCGCCGCUUUUACUCAUUGAUCUAGCUCUAUCGUGCAGAAGUUUGCCGGCGAUAAUGGUUUCCUGACACCACUUUCCUUAAACAGUAGAUUAUCUGAGGAGUCUGUUGCUUUUCAUGUUUUUAUUUUUUUACUUUUAUCUUUUUGAUUGUGAGCUUUUGUUUUGGUCCGCCUUGUUCUUUUUUGGAUUUUUUUAUUUAAUAAAAGUGGAAUUUUGCCACAAUUUGAUUUAAAAAAAUACCCUUUCAUCAGAUUAAAAAACUACUUGAAACAUGUGACUUUCAGAAACUCGAAUGGAACUUUGGGAUUCAUUUGAAACCCGGUAAAUAAAAAAUAAAAUAUGCUACUAGAUUGAAAAUGAUAUUUCGGACCUGUUAGAACCAUUAAAAUAUUAAUGCUAGAUCAUCUUAACUAAAUAUUGAUCAAAGUCUAACUCUUAACAUUGAGAUUUUUAAAUUUUCAUUUAGUGACUCAAUCCAUCCAAACCAAAGGUCUAACUCACUCAAGAAAUCCCCUUCCAGACCGUCGGAACUGAUGGAAUUCCCUUCCAACCUCGUUUCACCAAAUAUUUUGGUUAAACCAUCAACUUUCCAAUCUCCCCAAUUUUUUUAAAAAAUUAACAUAACUCCCAUUGAACCACCUCUUGUGUCACCCACUCCCACAAACCAAAAAUACCAUAAAACAACUAGAGAAAGAAAUAUAUAGGUCAAUUUAUGCAGAAAAUGGAAAUAACCAAGAGGGUUGUUACGCGGGUGGUAAGAGAAAUGUAAGGUUGUAAGCAAUUAAGACAAUGUAUAUUAUUAGAACAGGAGCUGCAAAAUAGAUACUAAAUUUAAAACGAAAGAUUCUCAGUAUAAGUCAUCCUAUAAUAAACUAAGUAAUAGCAUAUUAUUUUACCGAAUAACUUAUUUGAAUUUGACAGUAUCGAACUUAACGCGAGGGAUUUAAGGUAACAUGGGGUUUAAUGUUAGUAUUACUCUUCCUCUUUUCUUUUUGUUGAUAAUAUUAAGUCAAAGAGUGGACUGAAAAAAGAAAGAAAAAAACACACUGUUAGUGAAAAUGAUAACAAAAACAGAAGUUGAAGAAAAAUCAAGAAAGGGUGGUCUUAGAACCAUGCCUUUCAUAAUUGUGAAUGAAUCAUUUGAGCAGGUGGCAAGUUAUGGUUUACAGCCAAACAUGAUAAUCUAUUUGAUGACAUUUUAUCACAUGAAUGCUGCCACUGGAGCUAGCAUUCUUGGAAUAUGGAAUGCACUUUCAUUUGGGCUGGCUAUUGUAGGUGCAUUUGUUGCGGAUUCUUAUUUGGGUCGGUUCCGAGUUGUUGUCAUUGGAUCUAUAUCUACCCUUAUAGGAAUGGUUAUUCUUUGGCUCACCACCAUGAUUCCACAACUCAAGUCUUCACCCUGCUCUCAGUUUCAACAUGUUUGUAAUGGAACAACACCAAUCCAACUGGCUGUUCUUUUAUCAUCUUUUGGGUUUAUGUCUCUUGGAGCUGGUUUUGUUAGACCUUGUUCUAUAAUAUUUGGUGCCGAUCAACUGGAGAAAAAAGAGGAUCCCCAGAACCAGAGGCUUAUUGAUAGCUAUUUCAACUGGUAUUAUGGUAGCAUAGGGAUUUCAACUAUAUGUGCAGUUACUGUUAUCAUUUAUAUUCAAGAUCGUUAUGGUUGGCAAGUUGGCUUCGGUAUUCCUGUGAUCCUCAUAUUUUUCUCCGUUUCAAUGUUCCUAACCGGAUCUCCGUUAUAUGUCAAAGUGAAAGCUAAAGAGAGCUUGUUCAUGGGAUUGGUUCAAGAAGUUGUAGCAGCUUUUCGGAAAAGAUUUACCAAUAUUCCGUUGAUUGAUUUCGAUGACUCCUAUCAACAGCCACAUGAAUCAGAGAUCUUGGCGCCGUCAAAUGACUUCAGGUGUUUAAAUAGAGCUUGCAUGAUUCAAGAUCCUCAACGAGAUUUGAAUCCUGAUGGAUCAGCUUCAAAUCCGUGGAGUCUCUGUAGUGUGGAACAGGUGGGAUCAUUGAAGGCUCUUUUUAAAGUACUUCCAAUGUGGUCCACUGGUAUUGUGAUCUUUGUGAUGACACGUCAAUUCCCAUUCGCGGUACUUCAAACAAAGACCAUGGAUAGACAUAUCUUCCCUCAGUUUGAAGUACCUGCAGCAUCUUUCAGUGUGUUCAUGAUGAUUGCUUAUACAAUCUGGAUUAUCAUUUAUGAUCGUGUUUUAGUCCUGCUAUCACAAUAUACUGGAAGGCCAAGAGGACUAAGUCCUGUCAUCCGAAUGGGGAUUGGCUUAAUAAUCUCUUGUAUGUCCAUGGCAUUGUCAGCAAUAACAGAAAGCAUAAGACGUAAAAGGGCAAUAGAGGAAGGGCACGGGGAUGACCCAAGUGCUUUAGUGAACAUGUCUGCUAUGUGGUUUGUGCCACAGUAUGCACUACUCGGAGUAGCUGAGGCUGCAUAUGCAGUUGGACAGAUUGAGUUCUUUUACUCUCUGUUACCCAAAAGUAUGUCCAGCAUUGCAUCAGCUAUGGCAACAACGGGGGCUGCGGCAUCGUGUUUUGCUGCAAGUGUUUUGGUGAAUGGGGUGAAUUGGUUUUCAUCAACCAGAGGUAAAACGAGCUGGCUCUCGAGCAACAUUAAUAGGGGUCACCUGGAUUACUAUUUCUCGCUACUUACUUUUUUGAGUUUGCUCAACUUCUUAUAUUUUCUGGUGGUCUGCCGAUUAUAUGAACCUGGCAAUGAUGGGAGCAGUAGGUUAUCUCAUGAGGCAGAAGAAAAAGAAUGUGCUUAUAGGCUUUUACCCUAAUCUUGAUGAUAUGUUGUACUGCAGUGUUGAAUGAUGCACUACUAAUUUAGCUAAUAAAGUGUUUUUAUAUGUUGACAAAAAUGUAAACACACACUUUGGACAACUUAGUUCUAACACAGUUUCUUUUGUCAAAUGGUAUCAGUGUGUCGAAAUUGCCUCCA